CCCUCUAGCGGUUAACCCCGGAACAACGUCACCGCCAAUCAUAAGACUUCCGGUUUCCGGUUGGAAUCAUUCAGUCCAAGAUGGCGGACCUCCUGGGCUCAAUCUUGAGCUCGAUGGAAAAACCACCGACGGUCGGCGACCAGGAGAGCCGUCGGAAAGCCCGAGAGCAGGCGGCUCGCAUGAAGAAGAUGCAGGAGGACGAGAAGAGGAAGAAGGUCGAGUUCAGGAAGAAGAUGGAGAAGGAGGUGUCUGAUUUCGUUCAGGACAGCGUGCUGCAGAAGAAGAAGUACAAACCCAUGGGGAAAAUCGAGAGGAGCAUCCUACAUGAUGUGGCCGAGGUGGCCGGUCUCUCCUCCUUCUCGUUCGGGGAUGAUGAAGAAAGCAGAUACGUGAUGAUCUUUAAAAAGGAGUUUGCCCCAUCGGAUGAGGAGUUGGAGGCGUAUCGUAGAGGGGAGGAGUGGGAUCAUGCCAAAGCAGAGGAGAGACGCAAACUGAAGGAGCAGGCGGCGUUGGAGGAAGAAACAGCGAGUGCAAGUCAGAAGAGGCCGUCGUCUCCCAGCUCCAACUACAGAGACAAAUACAGCCAUCUGAUUGGUACAUCUGCUGCUAAAGACGCCGCCCACACGCUGGAGGCCAACCGGGCGUACGGCUGUGUCCCGGUGGCCAAUAAGAGAGACACGCGCUCCAUCGAGGAGGCCAUGAACGAUAUCCGAGCUAAAAAGCGACUCAAGAGAGGAGAAGAGGACACGGGGGCCGGAAGUCUGUGAGACGACCUGUGUGUGUGUGUGUGUGUGUGUGUGUGUGUGUGUGUGUGUGUGUGUGUGUGUGUGUGUGUGUUUCAGGGUGUGUACUCAUAGACAUGUCCAUAUAUAGUGUUGUAUUCUACAGCAAUAUCACAUGGGUGGCUUGUGGGGAUGUGUGAGUGAGUGAGUGAGUGAGUGAGAGAGAGAGAGCGAGAGCACAUACACACUGUUUAGGGGUCACUCCAGCCUUGUCUGCUGCUUCUACCCUCCUCAUUGUGUGGUAUUUGGUUUUAAAACUUGACAGUGUGUCUUUCACUGUGUGUCUUCCUGAUGUGAUGUUAAGACACUAAACAUGCAGGUUUUAAUUUUUUUAGUGUUUUUAUUAAAUAAAGCGACUUGGAAAUGCCUCUAAUCCCUAUAUUGAAAUGUGGGCGUGUCUGAGGAUACUGGAUGGAAAGUGGGUGUGUAAAUAAAAGUUGAGACCAUAUAUGGAAUUGUGGGCGUGUUCAAGUGGCAGUGACAGAAACGCUACAACUAGAAAAAUAGACGUGUUUUUUAAAAAUAAAGAAAUCAUUGGCACUGAUAUUAAAUCUUUGAAUUUGCGUAAUCAAAGUUAAGAUUCUAUUUUUGGCCAUAUAUGGACAAAGCCACACCCACUUUUCUCUUUUAAUUUAAGGCACAAAAGAAUCAGGAACGUUUGUGUUUUAUAUGUUGAGUAUUUGUGACUGUUUUGACUCCCGCCUGCAGCGUGUUUAUCAUGUGACGUGAGAAGCCUGAAUCUCAGCUUCACGUGGAUCCUGUACUAGAAAUAAGGACUUUUAUUCCUGUGCAUGUUCAUAUAUAAAGCAGAAAGUUUGUUUUAGGUGAAUAAAACUCUUCAUUCUUA